AUGAAUCCUUAUCUGAGCUGGGCCCUGCUCCUCGUCGUGGCAGGUAGCCUCGGGUGGUACUACACCAAUGGCUCUGCUCCGAAAGCCAAGACUCCCGUCCGAGCUGUAGUAGAAAAAGUCGAGACCACAGUUGCGCCCAAAAAACAAAAGCGGAAGGCAAAGGCUCCGGAGCCAGCUAAGAAGUCCGAGAUCAAGACUGUUAUCUCUCCUCCUACCACCGAGGAUGAUCAAGCAGAGGAUGAUGUCGACCGCAAGGAGAUGGCCCGCCGCAUGGCUGCUCUGAAGAACGGCACCUCCCCGGCUGCUGCUCCUUCCAGCAAGAACCAGAAGAAGAAGGCCAAGAAGGCCAGCCAGCUUGAGAGUGGCUCGCACGCUUCCUCCACUACCGGCGCCGAUGCCGAUGAUGAUCUGUCUCCUGCCGUCUCCCCCCAGGUGACCGCUGUUCCUUCCGCCGGAUACGUUUCCGAUAUGCUAGAGUCCCCUGCUCCCGCUGCCUCCGUCCUCCGCGUCACCGGAAAUGUUGAGUCCGAGCCCAAGAAGCAGAAGGCCCAGACCUUCAAGCAGGUUGAGACCAAGAAGCAGCGCCAACAGCGCCUGAAGAACGAGGCACGCAAGGAACAAGUCCAGGAAGCUGAGCAGCAGCGCCGCCAGUUGCUUGAGAAGCAGCUGCACACUGCCCGUUCGGCCGAGCGUAGCGAGGCUGCCCGCUCUCAGGUCCCCGUCUCCAACGCCUGGGAGACCAAGGAAGCCGCCAAGCCCAAGACCAAUAGUGUUUCCAAGCCUGCUCCUGCCCCGACCUCUGCUCCUGUCCAGCUUUUGGACACUUUCGAGUCCACCGCUGCUCCAGCUCAGAAGAAGUGGACCCAGGAACUUCCCUCCGAGGAAGAGCAGAUGCGCAUUCUGGGUGCAGGCAAUGCCAACGUGGAUGAUGAGUGGACCACAGUCUCUAAGAAGCCCAAGAAGAAGAGCGGCAAGGCCGAUGAGAGUGAGGCCAGCGCCUCUGAGAGCCAGCCUACCCCUGUGGCUCCUGUCCCCGUUGAGCCUAAGGUGACUGUCACCCCUACCUACCUUCCUGACAUCCUGCGCUCUCGGGAGAAGGGUCACCCACUGGAUUCCGACUGGACCGCAUAA